GCUGCUCCCCCGGCCCUUCCCUGUGAGGGGGCGAGAUGCCCCUGAGGCCGCUUCUUCCCACGCCCCUGCCCUCUGCAACCCUGGAGGGACAUGGGAGGUGCCCGUGGGGGGAAGCCAGAGGUUGAAUUGCAAUGUGUUGGAAAGCUCGUCUGAAGACCUGCUACACGUUACAUACAGCACGCGGCUCACUGGUGCUUGGUGUAACACAGGUAGAGCUCCCACAGGUGCCAAGUGAAGUGAUGGCACGCUGCAUGGGCUGGGCUGGGCGCGUGAUCCCUCUUUAUUUUCUGCAUCUUAGAAUCCAUCCUAAAAUGUCUGAACUUAAGCAAAGAAAGAAAGUUAGUCCUUCACCUAAGCUCAGCAAAGGUCUGCACAAGGCUGAGAAGCAAAGCAGCCAUGAGGAACCAUCAGGUCCCUGGAACAACAAUAGUCAGAGUUCCUUUUCGAGAAACUUACGGACAGCCUUAAGCCUACUUUCCUUAGUAGUUUGCGUAGUCCUGAGCUGGUUCUUAUUUCAGCAGUCAAGCCAAUUUUCUGUUAUGGAAAAAAAAUAUCAUUUAUUACAACUAGAAGUUGCAAAAUUCCUGGAUGUGGAAAAUGAAGUCAGCUUACUUUCCCAAAAGCUUGAGUCUUCUGAAAGCAUCCUGCAGGAAACUACCUCAUCCAUCUCAGUGGUGACUCAGCUUGAGCAGGACGUGUCCACACUACGUAGCAUCAUACAUGACAUCCAGAACACCGAUCAGACGGUCUCUAAAAAGAUGCAAAGGCUUAAUGAGAAAUUCCAAAAUGUUUCAGAAUCGUGGAAAAGAAGCAUGGAUGAAAUGAAUGCCAAUACCAGUAGUUUAAAAUCUGAAGCUAAGCUCAUACAUGCAGAAGUUACCUCCCAGAUCAAUGCAGUUGAUCAAAGAAUAAAAUUUCUUACAGAACAGGUAAAAGAUUUAGAAGACAGUACAGCUAGAAAUAUUAAGACGAUACAAAGACAGGAAGAAGAUGAGCUUUCUAAAGUUGAAGAGCAACUGGGCUUCUAUACAAAGGCAGUUGAAAAAUUAGAAGAACAGCAAAGUAGUCUGUUAGCCAAAGACACAGAUAUGAGUCAGAAACUUACAGACUAUGAACCUAAAGUUACAGAGUGCAAGACCCACUUACCAACAAUUGAAAAAGCUGUUCAUUCCAUUCUUAGAGUGUCAAGUGAGUUGCUAGGCAUGGAGAAAAAGAUGGAAGAUUUAACAACACAGAUGUUUACUAUGGAAGAUGGUAUGCUAAAAACAGUGUCAGAUAUAGUAGAGAUGCAGAAGAUUCUUGAAGGAAUACAGUAUGACAACAACAUAUUGAAACUGCAAAAUGAUAUAGUUCUUUUAAAGGAAAGGGUACAUGACAUUACGGUAUCUUCAAAUACAGGAAAAAUAACUUCAGAAAAAUAUCUAGAAAGUGAACAGAUUUUGGAUGACGAGUAAUGAAUUAAAGCAGUUUCACUUGUAUGUAAAAAUUGGACCAGUAUGAACAAUUAUUUAUAGUUCAGCUAUGUAAAUAGAGCUCAUAAGCAAGUAUUUAACAGGAAUGUUGCAAUUCAUCUCAACAGACUUUGGAUCAGACUUCAAAUGCACAUGCUGCCAAGGAAUAUAUACUAUAUAUUAUAGGGAGGAAGUUACAAAUACAGUUGUGGGAGAAGAAUUACAAAAACUAUUUUAAAAAAAAGUUGUAACUGUUUUGAAAAUAUUUUUGGAGUUCAUUUUUCUUAUUUGUAAAUGGGAUUUGAACCAAACUUUUUAGGUAAAAGUUCGAAUUAGGUCAGAAGUUGGAGCCCAGCACACAACAUUAUAUUUUGUAAUCAAUAGAGUUUUUUCUAAUUAUAACUGUUUGCAAUGUUGUAUUUUGUUACCAUAUUAAGUGACAAGCAACAUGAAAAAUUAAGUACCUGCGUCCAAGGAGAUUACAUGCAUUGUAUUUUGCCUCUAAUGAAUUAUAUCACUUAAUUCAAACUUC